AUGGAUCAAGAUUCCAACGACAGUAUGCAGUCAGACAUACCUCCCACGCAACCCAUCGUGGAACACGCGCCCCCAAAGCAUCCAUCGGAGCCCUCAAUACGCACCGCAGAAGCUAUGCGGCAGCCGUCUGAACCCUCAGAGCGCACAUCAGAAGCAAGAAAGCGCACAUCAGAGGCCACGAAGCCCACUUCACAUGCCACAAAGCCUAUCUCGUCAACAUUGAACGACUCACCUUUCACACCACUAUCCAUGCGAGCCCUCUAUUACACCCCAGAUGUGUUAGAAAAUGAAGCGCCAGACGGCAUCCCAGAAGGAGAAAUCAGUGACGCUAUGUCACCCGACACAAACACAAGCGUUAUUCGCAAGAAGGGAACAGACCUCGUGUUCGACACAGGCUUUCCAACCCCACAGCCCUCUCCUCAGCAAUACCUGCUGAAGAUCGCCACAGCAGCCUUCUGCCACGAUGAGAUCCGUCUAGCUGAACUUCUCAAUCCCCCCAAGGCCGCACCGCAGAUCCCACUCCACAGUCUCUGCGGGACAGUCAUCAGCACGCCGCGUGAAGACGACGAGCAUGAAGAGGGCCCGAAGUUCAAGAUAGGCGACGUAGUCUUCGGUGUGGUUAGUUAUACGCGUGACGGCGGAGCGGCAGACUAUGCCGUCGCGACUGAGCGCGAGCUAGCGCUGAAGCCAGACAAUAUCACUGUUGCUGGAGCUGCAGCUCUUGCGUUGCCGGCAUUGACGGCUUGGCAGGCGCUUUUUCGGUAUGCGGGGCUUGAUCCCGACGUUCCUGGCGGGUUGAACGAGGGCGAUGAUGCUUUUGGAAAUGAGAUGGGGCGGUGGCUUUGGCAGCCCCAACGCCGUGAUACCGUGGUCGGCAGCAAGGAUUAUGGCUACGGGCACCGCAAAAGCACGGUCGUUGGUGCUGGUGGCGGUGCAGGAGGCGGGAACGGUGGCCUGCUAAAUGAUACUAUCAAUGAUGCUAGCAACGGAGCUGGAAACGGGCGUUGGGUUUGGCAGUGGACUCGCCGCGGCGACGCACCCAAAGACAAUACCAGUGGCAUCGCCGGUACCAAUGAGCAGUCAAUCCCCCCUGCCAAUCCUAGGAACGUGCGCCGCGAGAGCCUAAUCAGUCUCGUCAGCGGUAAUCCCAGUGGCAAAGCCGUUCCCCGCGCUGCUAGCACAGUUGACCCCAACCCCAAAGCCACCGUCCGCCGCAACAGUUUGAUCGGCCUGAUCAAAGGCAAUACCAACGCUCCAUCAGCCCGCAGUGCAAGCACGGUCGAUCCUAACGCUAAUGCCGAUACCAAUAACAAUAGCCGCCGCGCCAGCCUGGUCAAUUUAGUACGCGGUAGCACUAGCUCUGGACGGCGUAGCAGCCUGAUAGGAAGCAUAAUUGGCGGCACAGAUUCCAACGGGAACGGCAAGCAAAGAGUACCCAAAAUCCGAGUCCUCGUCACCAACGCCCGCGACAACGACAUUGGCCGCGUCGCGGUGCAGAUUCUGCGAGCAGAUUCGCUCUUUCCUACCGCCGUCCGGCCGUGGAUCUGUGUAACCUGCACGCAAGUCGAAGCUGAUAUCAUUGAGAAGGAUUGGGAAGUGGACGAGAUAGUCAUCAUCCCGCACCUCCCAUCCCCAGACGAAUGUAAUAUCGAGAAGGUGUUCCGUGCGCGCCGCUGGCAGCCGGUUGAUAUCGUGCUCGACUGUGCCGGCGGCGAGGUAUUCCGAGCUGUUCAUGCUGCCGGUGUCGUCAAGGACUACGGGGCUGUACUGACUGUUGUGGAUGGCCAGGUUGCGCAGCAGUCUCCGCUUGUUCCUGAGAACGAUGUGCUAGGUGAGAAGACGCGUGGUAUUAAGAGCCGUUUUGUGCCUGUGAAUCCUGAUGGGUUGGCUAUGGAGCGAAUUGCAGAGUUGGUGGAGGAGAAUCUGGUCUGCGGGAGAGAGAUUACUGUCGUUGAUCUUGCGCGUGCGGCGGACCUUUUGGCUUCUGGAGCUGCCGGGACGGCGGGCAGUCGAAGUGGUGGAAUGGUGGUUGUUAGGGUUAAUAGUGUUGCCAGUACUUAG